AGCUAUAACAAAAUAAUAUGAGAUCAUAAGAGAUCAUCAUAUAACAAAAGAAGAAUGACAAGAGUUAGUAACACAUUAAUAGGUUUCUUGAACCUAUUGACACUUCUAGCUUCCAUCCCAAUAAUCGCCGGUGGCCUAUGGAUGGCGAAAAGCACUGCUACGUGUGAGAGCUUCCUCCAACGACCGCUUAUGGUGGUAGGAUUCGUGAUCUUGCUUGUAUCGUUGGCUGGUUUUAUAGGGGCAUGUUAUCAUGUUGUAUGGGCGUUGUGGUUGUAUUUGGUGGUAAUGUUGUUCUUGAUCAUUGCCUUAUUGGCUGUGACGGUUUUUGGGUUCGUGGUGGUGGGCCCAGGGGGCGGCAUACAAGUUCCGGGCCGGGCUUAUAAGGAGUACCACUUGCAAAACUAUUCACCUUGGUUGAGGAAAAGGAUUGAGAAGCCUAAUUAUUGGAUGACCGUUAGAACUUGCAUUUUGGGGUCUAAGACUUGUGCCAAGAUUGUUAUGUGGACUCCUGCCGACUAUAUGGUUCAAAACAUGUCUCCUAUUCAGUCAGGUUGUUGCAAACCGCCAACUUCGUGCGACUACCAAGCACCAAUGAUGACACAAGAUCCGGACUGCUACAAAUGGAGCAACGAUCCGAAUAUGCUAUGCUACGAAUGUGAUUCGUGCAAGGCAGGAGUGAUAGAGGACGUGAGACGGGAUUGGCAUAGACUAUCGGUUCUCAACAUCAUCAUGGUCAUGCUUCUUAUUGGCAUAUAUUUUGUAGGUUGUUGUGCAUUCCAAAAUGCCAAGAGGGCUGAUAGCUACUACCCUUAUGGUGGUGAAUCUAGAAUGUUUAAAGCUCGACCUAAAUGGAAUUUCUAUUAGUUAAUUUUGUUUAUAAACUACAACAUAUAUAGUUAAUUAGUAUAGUUUAGCAACAAAUUUUGUUUUAUGAUUGGAAUUUUAGUGAUGAAAUUAAAUCAAUAUCUUAAUUGUCUAAGACUAUAUUUAA